AUGGCCCAGACCGUCAACAACGGCUUCGUCAGCGUUGUGAUCCAAUACCGCCUUGGAGCUUUUGGGUUUCUUUCGUCGGCAGAAGUAGUAGAGAACGGGGGGGUUCCCAACGCUGCUCUGCACGACCAGCGGUUUGCCUUGCAAUGGGUGCAGAAGUACAUUGAUCGGUUUGGCGGCGACCCAGACCAGGUCACAGUCUCGGGUGGGUCGGCAGGCGGUGGAUCAGUGAUGUUGCUUGCGAUGGCAAACAACGGAACAGAGGGGAACUCGUUGUUCAGACGCGGAAUCGCGAGCAGUCCGUAUUUGCCUACUCAACCCAAUUUCGACGAUGGCCUGCCAACAGAAUACUACCGCCAACUCGCCCGUCGCACCAACUGCCUUAACGCCACCUCUGUCUUCUCCUGCCUCCGAAACGCUGACACGUUGCUCCUGCAAAACGCCUCCUCAGCAACAAGCUACUCUGCCCGGUUCAACCAGUGGGCUUUCAUCCCCGUGACCGAUAACAAACUCAUCUUUUCCUCCCCCACCGAGCAGCUCCCUGCAGGCAAAGUCAACGGGGAGGCCUUCCUCGCUGGUAGCAACUCAAACGAGGGCUACUACUUCACCCCCCAAAACAUCACCUCCCAAUCCACCUUUCUCUCCUUUGUCACCCUCAACUACCCUUUCCUGUCCCCCGAGAACAUCUCCUCCAUUCUCUCCCUCUACACCCCCUCCCCUCUCCCCGCCGACACUCCCCUCUUCGAAACCGACGGCCUCAACCCCCCUUUUGCGACUGAGAUGUCAGCAGUUGGGAAGGGCUGGCAGCAGGCAGCGAAUAAUUUGUAUGCAGAAACAACAUUUGUCUGCACGGCGUACUGGCUGGUGGAAGCGUACGGGGAGAAAGGGUGGCAGUAUCAGUUCUCCCCUCCAGGGGCAGGGUUUCAUGGGAGUGACAACGGGCCUUUGCUGCAGGACUCCAAGAUUGGGAGGAGUGGGACGGUGAUGGAUGAAGAGUUUAGACGGGGGUUUCAGGGGGUUUGGGGACGGUUUGUGACUAGGGGGGUGCCGACUCUGGAUGGGCAAGGGGAGGGGGCGGUGGCGGAAGCGGUGAGGGAGGGGGUAUGGAAGGCGGGGGGGAGGGACUCGUUGUUGAAUCUGAACGUUACUGUUGCAGAAGGGGGGAGGGAAAGGGUGAAUACCUGGGCGGUGGUGGAUGGGGAGGGCUGGGAGGGGGGACGGGGGGGGAGGUGCAGGUUUUGGAAGGGGGUUGGGUUUCGUUGA